UUCUGCCAUCUGUACAGCAAAUUGCAAUUCCAUUAUUCAUCUUCUGUGUACUGUAACUGUUGUGUGUUCUACUCUCUACUGUAUUAAUUAUAAUUUGUGUGUUGUGAUGGUGUAAUUCAUUGCUCUACAUUAUUUGUUUGACAUUCCAGAUUUAUCAUCAAUCUUGUUUCAACUAUUUGAAGUCAAGAUGAAUAGUUGGGAAGAUCUUAGGAAGCAAGCUAGGAGAUAUGAAAAUGAAAUAGACCAAAAGUUGGUGGGCCUAAGUAAACUGGGAAUCGGUCUGGCUUCUAUGAAAACUGGAGGCGACACUGAGCCACUCCUUUCUGGCGAGCAUACAUUUGAAACAGCUGUAAGAGAGUUGGAACAACUGCUGUCCACGUUGAGUAAUAUCAAUGAUAAGCUUGGCGAAAUGGGGAUGACAGAGUCUGGAAAUGGAACUGGGGCUGGAAUGGUUCACACGCUACAAAGACAUCGAGAGAUAUUCCAAGACUACACUCAAGAAUUCAAAAAGACACAGCAAAACUUCAGAGCACGUCGGGAAAGAGAAGAUUUACUGCAUAGCGUUAGAAGUGAUAUCGAUGCAUACAAGACUACUUCGGGCUUGAAUCGACGAUCGGAAUUGUACGCCAAAGAAUAUGACCACUUGAGAUUGUCUGACAAACUAGUGGAUGAUCAGAUCAGCAUUGCUGUAGAGACGAGAGAUAAUCUUGUCUCACAAAGGCUCAAUCUGAAAAGAUUGCAAAUGCGUAUGCACGACAUUUCCAGUCGUUUUCCAUUAAUCAAUGGCGUUCUUCAGAGAAUCAACCUUCGCAGACGAAGGGACUCAAUUAUUCUAGGACUUAUUAUAAGCUUCUGCACUUUCCUUAUGAUUAUCUACGUGUUAUGAUAGUUAUAGGAGUACAAAACUGACCAGCUAAACAUUUACAAGGAAUAUCUACUUCUACUUUCGACUGAUAUACUUUCACCAUUACUGAUUCCUGUUUCAGCAACACCAGCUGUUCGGCUAAUUAUUAAUAAAGUAUCAAAAUGAAGUUAUUUUUACAUCUAGGGAUAAAAGUGUGACUUUUUUCGGUGAGACAGAUAGACGUUUGCCGCCCGAAGGCCAAGCCAAUUUUCAGAAAUGUUACUUUUUCAUCAACAGCUUCUAACCUGGAUCAGAUUCUCUUCUGAAGAUUCAAAUUCAAAUCUCAAACAAAAAUUCUCCGUUUCAGUCCUUCAAUGAUAUUGUUGAUUUCUUCAGUGUGAGACUGCUUUUCUAGAGUAGUGAUCUCACUUCAAAUCAAAUCAAUGUUAUUGUUCACAUUAUUUGUAACAUAAAACUCAUCAGUAAAAGAACUUUUUUACUGAUGAGUAAAAAAGACUGAUAAGUAAAAAAAGGCUCUUGAUAGCCUUGUCAUCUGAGUAAAUUCCCACAGUCUGAUGAUGACCAACAACAGGUCGAAACGAUCGUCACUACAAAAGUAAGUGUAUUUUCACUUCAAAAGUGUUUUUUAAAAUUCAAGUUUAAAAGAACUUUUCUUCAGUAAUAAAGUUUCAUAUAAAAUACAGAUGACUUCCGCCUUGAAAAAUCAGUUAUAACUUAAAUAUUGAAAAUGCUGAUGAUGAUGUCAAUAAAUAAUUGAAGCAAACAAACUUGGUCCUAUUCCUUUAGUCUCUUACUCACCAUUGAGAGAAAGAUUUGUAUCAAUUAUAUUUUAUUAAGGCCUAGGAAUUCCAUGGAUAUGAUUUGUUUGCUCAUGAAUAAAUAAAUAAUUCUAUAAUUGCAACAAAUCUUUCAAUCAUUGGUGAGUCACCAUGCAACUCCAACUCCUCCAUGUCAACUCACAGAAAUCAGCACUCUGGAAACGUAGUUUUACUCUGAACAAAUCAAUAUUAUUGAAGGACUCGAAUAGGAUAAUUAUUUUUUGAAACUUGAAUUGGAAUCUUCGGAAGAAAAUUGUGCCAAUUAUGUUCCACCAUGUCGGAAAAACACGAUUUCUGCCUCUCAUAACAUCAAUUUCAAAUAUCUUACCUAUCGUGGUCAACGUGCUCUAGAACACUUCGUCUAGAUAUUAAUGCUCCCUUCAGACGGCUGAUUCUUUCAUCCAGUUCUUUAUUGAGUUCAUCUUUUUCUUCCAAUUUGUUGGAAAUAGAUUUCACGUCUAACAUGCCUCUUCUGUUUGGCAACUUGAAGCUACUGAUUCAAUUUUGCAAUUUGCUUCAGGUAACGUUGUAUGAGAGCUGAUUCUGAUAGCAGGAUUGGUUUGUUGUUAAUUCUCUUCGCUGUUGAGGCAAAACUGAGUAUAUUUUUAGUGUGGUGUUGGGCGGCGAUUCUUCCCAAAGACGACUGCGUCAGUCCCCGUUUCAUCUUUACAAUAUAAUUCUGAAUAUAGAGUGAGAUUUGGAAAUGCGUUUGUUCAUGUAAGUCUCAUAUACACCGGUUCUUAUCUCCUUUCAUUUUUUCUUCCAGUACCUCUGUCGAGGUUUUUCAUGAACAUUCUUCAACAUCGCUGACAACGACUUGACCAUUGCAGUCCUCCUGAUUUUUUCACCAGAAAAUCAUUCACUCAUUCAUUUUAAAUUUCCAUGUAUGACACUCUCAAGAGAAACUCGGCGUGGAGUAUUCUGAAUCGAAUAGAGAAUGUAAUUGAUUGCCAUUUGGAAGAUUUUACUGACGUAUGUUUUACCUGAAUAGGUUUGCCCGUAUGCAAACACAGGUCCGUUGAUCUGAAUAUUGGCAUCGAUGAUUGGUUUAAUAAUGGUGUCAAAAACCUUAUUGAAGUUUUUGAGUUUAUCGCAUGAUUGACAUCUCCCCGAUAUUGUUGCUCUCCGGAGCACCAAGCAUGUGAUCAAAUGUAUAUGCAUCACCUUACUUGUUCCAGAAGCUGGAUCAAUUUGAUAAAUUGUAUUAUAUUCAACUAAUCUCAUUUAUUAGCUUGAUAAUAUUUCAAUAUAUUGUAUAGAUGUUACAGCUACUAAAUUCUCGCUUUUACCAUUCUUAUUGGUGUGAAUUUUUAAUUUUGAAUGUUGAUAUUAUUUUUGUAUUUAUUUCAUCACCUUAAUGGUAAAUGGCUGUUAUAUGUAACAAGUUAUUUUAUUAAAUGUUAAUAAGCACCACAAUGUUCUGACUAUUUAAAAUAAAACUAUUUUAUUCGUAACUUUUA